GCCCGGUGGGGCUGAGGCCGGAGCGAUGCUCAUCGCACCUCCUGAGAGGCUGCCCCGGCAGCUCCCGCGGCCCGGCUCGUUACUGCCUGUUUGGGGUAGCGGGGACUCGGUUGGCCAUAGCGCUAACGUGGGCUGCUGAUGAGCUAAAUGAGCCGCUCGCCCGCCUGGGUGCUUCCAGGAGGAGAGGGAGAGCCCCCAGCCUGGGCUUGUCUCCGGAGGGUCCCAGCGUUGGAGACUCCUGCCCGUGAUGCCCGCUCAGGGGCAUCUCUGCUAUGCCACUGAACCCACUCCAUCACCCGCUCCCGCCCUCGCUGGAGCCUGAACCAUUGAGCCGGGAGCGCAGCCCUGGCCCCCCUUUCCCCCUCGCUUUAAGCCGUCUUUUCCUGGAAGCGGCCCGGCGAGCGGCCGGCCGCCUCAUUUAGCUCGUUACUGGCCAUCGGGAUGCGCACAAAGCAGAUGUUGCUCCCGCAGAUUAAAAAGCUCUCAGCGCGGCCGCCCUCGUUCCCGCUAAUGCCUUCCCAGAAGUCCUGGCCCGCGGCUGCAAACAGGCCCUAAUGAGCCGGGCUGAGGGCUCCGUGCGGGGGCUGGUGUCCCCAGGGCGGAGGAACGGAGGAGCUGGGGCUGGAUGGGACACUCGGCACCCACCUGAGCCUUGGGAAUGGAAAGGGCUGCCAAACUUGUCUCUCACCCAAGAUGAGUCUGUCUAGGCAUGUGGGGUGCAGGAGGCAUCCAGGUGCUGUGGCAGGGGAUCCUGACUGGGUGUUGUGCAUUGGGGGACCUAGAUGGGCGAUGAGUGUUUCCAGCAGCCACUUGCAGCUGCAGAAAAUAACCCAUGAGCUCCUCACUGGUCCUGUGCCUGCUCAGUCUGUCCCUCAAAUGCAGCAGGAAUCAGAUCAUGCUGGGACAAAGGAUGUAGGAGCAGAGGAAGCCUGCAAAGAGCCCCAGAGGUGCUGCUCCAGCCAGGAGCAGUGGCUCAAGCUCUGCUGGGGACUUGCCGGCCUCGGGGCUCCUCCUGGUAUAGGAACAGUCUGGUGAGGGCAGAGCCUGGGCUGUCAGCUUCCCUGCUGGGUGUGUCACAGCAUGCUGAACUCUCCCUGUUAUCUCUUAUUCCCCCGAUUCCUUGCAGGGCUGAAGCCACUCAAGGCCACAAGUGUUCCCCAAAGGAGCCUGGCUCUGGGGCAUGCAGGUUUUCCAAAUGAGACAUGAGUAAGAUGCAGUUAGCACAGGUGGAAGCCUGGAGAAUCUGCAGAUGGUAUGUGGUCAGGAGCUGGAGGACUUCUGGAGGCUCUGCACAGGGAGUGGAUGCUUACCAGGAGAUAUAGAUAGGCAACAUUCCCUUUGAAAACUAGUCAAAUUUGGCAUGGUUUUGGUGGGGAGUCUGUGGCCCUGUUACUUCUGUAUCUGGGAACUAGGAGAUGUCCUCAGGCUGCAGUUUUGGUGCUGGAAAAGGAAGUGGGCUGGAAAGGGAAUCGGCCUGCAAGGACAGUGGGGAUCACUUCCAAAAAACCUGGGAGUUUGGAGCUAACAGGGAUCUGUUCCUUUCUGCAGCUGUGCAAGGCACAAAGCAGGAGUUCCCCCUCCCAUACAUCACCCCACUGGCUGCCUCUCUAUCCAGACAAAGCCCGUUUUCCAGAGACUCCCACCUAUCUGGUAGUUAGUGAAGUCAUGUGGCUGCAGCACUUAAUUAAUAAAAAGCUGAUAUAAAUCCCAGUAAACAUGUGGGGAGGAGGACACUGAGACAGAGAGCAGUAGUGGCACUUCCAGCGAGCUCAGCGGAGCAGCGGACAGCAAUCCCCCUCUCUGCUUGGAGAGGUCAGUGCUUACCAUGGGAAGGGUCUUGGGAGUGUGCGGGAUGUGACGCCCUUGGCUGUGGGGCUCCCCACAGUGCAGAGGGGUCAGCAAAGAGCUGGGUGGUUUUGUGGGAUAGGGAGAUAAGGAGUGGCUAGCAUUGGGCUGCUGGAGCCAGGUUUGAAACCUCAAGACUGCCCAAGCAGCAGGCUUUGUCCCAGGAUUUGGCUGACAGCAGCAACUGGAAUACCAGCUCCUGGCUCCUUUCCUUUUGCUCCCUAAGGGGUCACCUACUUGUUAGAGCCUUUAGGCCCCCAAAGCCCACAGCCUGACCCUGCAGCUUCUCCUGUUCCUGAGCUGUGUGUGCUGUGGUCCUUCUCCCUGCCCAGCACUGAGAUUCUAGUGGCACUUUCAGGCUGAGAGCCGGGCAGGAGCCAUGUCACAUGUUUUCGCCACACACUGUGCACCUCAGUGGUCUGAUGGCUGCUGUGUGGGGGGUGGAAAAACCCGAACUGCCACAAAAAAGAUCAAAUUUCAGUCCAUUCUCUGCUGGUCACCCCUUUCUGUGGGGAAGAUCAUGAAUGUGCUCACAUGUGGAAUGCCCCACAGCACAGGAGAGAGCUUUGGGGGCUCCUGUUCCCAGGUGUUUGUGGGCCCAAAAAAAGACUCUCAGGUCCAAGGGAACAAACAGCUGGGAGUGGUGGCUGUGCUGGGAGAAGCUGUCCCUUGCUGACACGGCACUCAGGGUGGCAGGGGGUGAUGGCAGUGGAGGGGACAGGCCAGGCUGCCAGCAGGUGGGCUGAUGCUGGCCAGGCCCAUCUGCACAGGUCACCUCCCCCAGGACCAUGCUGAACGCGCUGCUGUUGUGCUGUGGGCUGCUGCAGGGGAUCCAGGCUGUUCUGGAUCUCAGGACUGCUGACCUCAGCUGUGGCCACCUGCAGAAGGCAAGCGGCGGGCUGGAGGGGGUGGACAGAGCCCGCCACACCAGCCUGCAGAGGAAAGCCAAGGAGGUGUCUGCGGAGCCGGCAGGAGCUCUCCCAAGGCUGGGGCUUGAGCAGAUGGCCCUGGGGGUCCAAGAAGCUGAUGGUGACCUUGUGCAGAGAGGCAGCCUGCUGGAACCACAGGUACCAUCCACAGACCUGCAGGCUGAGGGCCGUGAGGAGCGCUCCCCCCGCCGCUGCGUCCGUCUCCUGGAGUCGUGCCUCGGCCACCAGAUCCCCUGCUGUGACCCCUGUGCCACCUGCUACUGCCGCUUCUUCAACGCCUUUUGCUACUGCAGGAAAAUCAGCACCAACUUCCCCUGCGGCAAGAACUAGCGCCUGUGGGGCUGCCAGCUCCUCGCCCCUGUGUGUGCCUCCUUCUCUGUAGCUCCAAUAAACCAGCCCUUUGCAAAAGCCACUGCAGCGUGGGAAUGGUGUGAUGUGUCUGCUCGGGCUCUCAGGGGAGAGAGGGUGGCAGCAAGGUGAGGGUGGCCUUUGCACAGCUGGGCACAGUGUCCACACAGCCAACACUCCAGAACACAUCCACAUCAAAUCAGAUGUGCCUUUCCUGACUACAUAAAAUGGUGUUUCAACAGCAGGGGUACCCCAGGUGAUGUUCUGGCUAUGCUGCUGUUACCCACAAGAUCAGGUUUGUUUGUUGAUGUGCACUGAACCGAUACCGACACACUCCAGAGAAACAUGGAUUGUUUAUUUCAGAGCUGCCCCAGCCUGGGUGCUCGGUGAUAUUCCACAAAUCCAGCACACCCCACUGGACUUUCCCUGCCAUUAUUUACAAAGAGACGUUCAGGGUUAGUAAUUUCCUUUAUGAAGUAAUUUUCUCUAUUAAGAUUGGUUAGUAAUUUCCAUAGAAAUCACGUAACCCCAGCUAACUUCUACUCAUGCUCAGGGGAAGCAUCUUCACCUGGGCAGGGUCUUUUUGACCAGCAGGCAUGAUUUUUAGUGUUUUAAUGAAGACAGUUCAGCUUUAGGAUACAUGGACCGUGAGAAUUUCACUAGGUUGAUAACGUACACAUAGACAUUUAUCAACAUCUUGACUUACUACAUCCUUAAAGCUUGUUCUAGAUAUUUCUGAGUGAGGGAUGCUGGCUGCUGCCUGUUCCACUGAUUAAGUCUCCUUUCUUCCUGAUUAGGCUUGAAAGUAUACAGAGGCCUUGAAUGAAAGAACAUCCUGCCUUAACAUAACCUUGACAUAUCUCACAUUUUUCAACACCUCUGCAUCAAACAAAAUUAUUUUAUUUUUUUACAGAGCAGCCCCUGGCAAAGCCCUUUAACUUGCUAGGUAUUUCCUGACUAGUAGAAGUGGUGUCUCGGCAACAGGCGACACUGCGAACUUUACUUGUGUAUCCUUCUUCUGCCUGUAUCGCUCAUGGUGGCUCGGGUGUAGUGAAGGGGAGCCUCACGCUCGGCGCAGGACGUUAUGGUGGCCGCCAUCGCC